AAUUCCUUUGUUUUUUCUGUUUCUCUUCCAAUUUCUCCGCCUCUUCCUUUUCCUCUUCCUCUUCCAUAGUCAUGGUUUCCAAAUUUGCCACCAGGGCCUCCUCCUGCCGUAGCCGAAGCCCCGUCGGCCACCAUGCCGCCGGUGGAAAGAAGAUUACUCCCCGGUCCUCUCCUUCCCCCAUCAAGGCCGCCAUUGCUCGUUCCGUCCGCUCCUGCCGCCGCCGCCUCACGAAGUUCUUCUCCCACAUCGCCAUCCUCGGCGGCGUGUCCUCGAGCCCUCAAAAUCACGGGUUCCUCCGCCUCGGAUCCACCCCCACCAAACCCCUCCUCCACCCUACUCCCAUGGCCACGCCGGCGGCGGAGGCGCCGGCGGAGCUCCCGCCCCCGUCUUUUCCCGAGAAGAAAACUGUGUUUUUGGACCUCGACGAGACGCUGGUUCACUCCCGCACUGACCCCCCACCGGAUCGCUACGACUUUACCGUCCACCCUUCGAUCGACGGACGCGUCGUGCCCUUCUACGUCCUAAAGCGGCCGGGCGCGGACGAGCUGCUCCGCGCCGCCGCAGGGGACUUCGAGGUUGUGGUGUUCACCGCCGGCCUGAGGGAGUAUGCCUCCCUCGUACUCGAUCGCCUUGACCCCGCUGGCAACCUCAUCGCCCACCGCCUCUACCGCGAUUCCUGCAGGGAGAUGGAGGGGAAGCUCGUAAAAGAUCUCGCCCGGGUCGGGCGCGCCCUCGACCGGGCGGUGCUGGUCGACGAUAACCCCAACGCCUACGUCCUGCAGCCGGAGAACGCGCUCCGGGUGACGCCCUUCUCCGACGACCUCUGCGACCGGGAACUCUCCAAAGUGAUCAAGUUCUUUGAGGUGGCGGCGCUCUUCGAGGACAUGCGUGACGCCGUCGCUUACUACCGGUCGGAGCUCGGAGAUCACAAGCCAAAACCAGUGUGCCUUCUUCCAUGAUCGCGAGUUUUAGAGAACUCAAUAGACUGCACAGCCUUCAGGAUCUUCCUGAACUCUGUUUCUCGAUCGUAAGCAAAAUGAAAUUUUUUUUUUUGAAGGAACCUUUUGAAAUAUUUUCCCAUUUUUUGUCAAAAAGAAAUAUCGCCUUAGCUUUGGAUGCAUUGAUUGAUGAUUGUAAGAAAGAAUGAACGAUUUAUCCCCUUUUCUUCA